UCUCCCAGGGUCAUUUCCCUUCACAGCGGCCACUGCCAUCCACGCAUCAGCGUUUCCACUGCCGUCGGGGUAACAGUCGUGAACGCGAGUGUGUGUGUGUGUGUGUGUGUGGGUGUGUGUGUGUGGGGGCCUUAAUUAUGCAGGGACUCGGCAAGACAGAGAGAGGGGAGCAGGGCCGAGACAUCGACCUGACGUCGCUGAGAUCCACCAUGCCGGCCGGCGGCCCCCUCCAGGGAGGUUCAGCCUCAAACCUGAACAUGAACCUGUAUGCCACCAAGAAGACGGCGGCGGAGGGCAUGUUGGACAUCGCUCUGUUCCUGGCCAACAUCACCCACAUGAAGACUGUCAUCGAGCAGGGAGCUGGAUACAGGUACUACGCUGCCGUCCUGACACUCAUCUCCUUCUCCCUCGCUCUGCAGAUAGUGGCCGGAGUCCUGAUCAUCAUCAUCGCCCGCAGGGACCUGAACGUGGUGUCCAAUCAGAAACGACUCGACUACCUGAACAACCUCGCCACAGGUGUCAUCUUCGUCACCGCGGUGGUUAACUUCUUUGUCAGCUUCUUCGGAUCCAAGAGGACGGGUUUCUUCCGCUGGCUGCUGGCUCGACUCCACUUCUGACACACACACGCACACACACACAACCACAGAUGCGCUCAGUGCACACUCUGUCAACGUGCUGAUUCACAGUUGAAAUUCCCUGCUGUCUAUUUCACAUGCGACCUUCAAACAUAGCAUCUUAUUUAUCCUUCAGGCUCUUGGAAUGCGCCUCACAUUGUAACCCAACUAAAAUAUCUUCCCGUUAACCAACUGAAAAUCUAUGUAAAUAUGUACGUUUUUAUUGGCUGCAAUAACAUGCUUGUGCAUAUAAUGUUGAUAUUAACAAUGGUUUAAGACUUUUUGCUUUGUAUUUGGAAGCAUGUUUUGAUGUGGUUUAUUUAGUUUAUAAGACGAUUGUUUGACACAGAACAUUAUUUUUAGGUUCAAUACCAGACAAAAAGCAGGGCAAUUAUUAUUGAGACAUACGCCUCUAAUAUGUACGUACACAUUCUGCUGAAUAAAUGGAGCGGUUUAACCGAAGCUUA